AUGCCUCUCUUCGGAAAAUCUCAUAAUGAUACGACGACACACGGUCGCCACCAUGAUCAGGCCGCGCACACCGGUGGUGCCACUGGCUUCGCCGGUCCUGGUACCGCUGCCACUGGCUAUGUGUCUGCGCCCGGCACUGGUGCUGGACCACUUAGCUCAGGGCUGCACGACAACGCCUACAACAACAAUGUUUGUCCGCUACCACCAGAAGAAGUGUCCGAAACUAAUGACUUCAUUCAGAAUACGCCGAAUCACCACCACGGAGGUGUUGGCGCUGGCCAAGGUGUUAACGAUCCCUAUUCAUCUGGGACAGGGACGGGUGCUGGAUAUGGAUCAUCCAAUAUUCCUCCCGCGAAUGUCUUGAGCCACGGCCAUAACGAAAGACACCAAGAUGGCGCUGGUAAGCGGAUGUCGGGCAAGGUUGAACACGCUGUUGGAUCCGUGAUAGGCAGCAGCGCUCUGAAGGCCAAAGGCUUGCAGAAGGAGCAGGAAGCUAAUUCCAUGAAAUUACAAAGCCAGGAGCUGGCUGAAGCUGAGCGCUUGGAGGCUGAAGCUCGCACACGAAGGGAGAGAGCAGUCGCUCAUGGUGCCUCGCCGGAACAUCAACACCUUGGUGGUGCAACACGUUAUUAA